AUGACCCUUUGCCAGAAUCAUUAUGUUCAAGGUUUGAUGAAAUUUGCAAGUUUUAGACAUGUAGAAAGUUUAAAGUAUCCUAGGUUUGUUGUACAUCCUGAAUGUUCCCACUUACAUGUAUUUUGUGAUGCCUCUAACAAGGCAUAUGGAGCUGCUGCCUAUGUGAUUGAUUUCAAGAGAAGUGUAAGCAAUUUACUGGUCAGUAAGUGUAAAGUGGCACCAAACCCUAAACAGACUAUUCCGCGUUUGGAAUUGACAGCCUUGUCCUUGGGUGCGAAACUUGCUGGAAGAUUAAUGCAGAAUGAUGAUUUAAGAGUGAGUUCUUGCACUCUCUGGAGUGACUCCAUGGUUUCUAUUUGUUGGCUGAAGAACAAUAAUAGUAAAAUUCCCUAUGUACGAGACAGAGUCACUGAAAUUAAUGAAUUCAAGUUUCCUCUACGGUAUACCCCCUCUAAGGAUAAUCCAGCUGAUAUUCUAUCCAGAGGUAGUAAUAGUAAAGAUUUAGCGCAAAAUUCCUUAUGGUGGAAUGGCCCUAAAUGGCUUUUAACUGGUGAUUAUCCCCAAUCUUUAGCUACAGAAACUGUGCAUGUUAAUGAAAUUCUUUCAGAACCUAAGUUUGUUCACCCUCCAACCCCAUUAAUUGACAUCCCACGUUAUAGUAAUUUAAGUAAGCUUAAACGUAUCAUGAGGUCAAUAUUGCUUUUCCUUAAUAAGUGCAGUAAAGGUUCUAAGUUUGUUGUUAACGAAAUGAAAGAACUUGUCCUCCUUGAACAGAAGCAACAUUUUUCUACUACCAGAAUGUACCUCUGUGAUAAGAAUUCACAUAGAGUGUCCAUGGAUGUUAAGAACUUGUGUAAUCAGUUAAACUUAUUUGUUGAUGAAGAAAAUCUAGUUAGGUCUCAGGGUCGAAUGAAAAAUGCUUCCAUGUCUUAUGAUACUCAGUGCCCAAUGUUAUUGCCUUCCAGAAGUUAUUUAACAGUGUUCAUAGUUGAACAUUUGUAUAGACAUCACCACCAUUGUGGUGUCAAUUCUGUACUGAUAUUGUUGAGAGAAACCUUUUGGGUACCUAAAGCACGACAAGUUAUCAAAUCAAUUCUGUCCAAGUGUGUUUUGUGUCAGAAGUUAACCAAGAAACGGUUGUGUUUGCCCCCUCCCCGGCCAUUACCCACAGAAAGAGUGAGAUAUGAUAGACCUUUCCAAUCAGUAGGAGUUGAUUAUACCGGUGCUAUUAAUGUUUUUGAUCAUGAGACUGGCUUGGAGAAGAAGGUCUUUGUAUGUCUAUUUACCUGUACUACGAGCAAGGCGGUUCAUUUUGAAUUGACUCAUUCCAUGACUGCUUCCGAUUUCCUACUGGCUAUUCGACGCUUUGCAGCGUAUCAUUCUCUGCCGAGUCUGAUUAUAUCUGACAAUGGUAGGAAUUUUGUUGGAUUUAAUAAUUUUCUGAAGGAAAUUAAGGAGGAACCAGAGGUAAAGUCAUACCCUGAAGGAAAUGGUGUUAAUUGGAAGUUCAUUACACCGCGAGCCCCCUGGUCUGGAGGCUUUUAUGAACGCCUUGUUGGUGUUCUAAAGGGAUGUUUGUCCAAGGCCUUGUAUCACAAACGUGUAUCCUUUGAAGAGUUGAGAACUCUUCUUGUUGAGUUUCAAGCUGUGAUAAAUUCUCAACCACUGACUUAUCUCUCCUCUGAUCGAGAUUGUGAGGCUUUGACUCCCUCCAUGUUACUUUAUGGGCGAAAUGUUUGUAUUUCCCCUCCUCUUAACAAUUUAGCAACUGAUGACCCAGAUUUCAUGAGUUCAAGUGAUCUUAGAGCACAAUAUUUUAGAUUAUCAUCAGUGCUAAGGAAAUUUGAGAACUCUUGGAAAAGAGACUAUUUAGUGUCCUUGAGAGAGAGACAUAAUAAUUCUAGUAAUAAUCUCUCUGCAAAUGUGAAAGUUGGGGACAUAGUGAUGGUAGACUUAGAAGAUCAUCUGGGUAAGGCUAUAGUUCCCUCCUCUCAUUGGGUAAGGUUACCCAGCUGUUCCCGUCGUCUGAUGGUGUGA